AUGCACACAACAGUCAUACUCCUUCAAUUCUUUGCUCUUGUCAUUUUGGCACAAGAGCAAGUCAAGUAUAAUGUUAUCUCGUUACUACCAAAGAAUAAUGAUGAUGCCACCAACAUGGCCGUCAUUGUGGAUGACCACCCAUACCCUCUUGAAUCGACGACUUCAUCCUCUCUUUUGUUUGCCGGCUCAGCACCAGCAGCUCAGCAUCACUAUUACUAUGCCAAAAUCAAAGCAGAUGGCAGCGUAGUAGAAAAAGAACCCUUUGAACGACAACCCUUUGAUGGCGAAAGUACCCCCAAUGAGCACUAUAAUCGAUCAUGGAACAAAUGGGACAUUACACAGCUACCGAACAUGCUUGAACCUUUACCCAGCAUUCAUCGAAUCAAGAGCGAUCUUCAUAGUGAUGGUGAAAUACCUACCCUCCAUAUUGUGGGUGAUCCUAAACAAAUCCAAAACAUGCAUGAGCAUAACCAAGAUGACAUCCAGGUCAUGACAAACAUGACCUUCAUCAGGCUUCAUGAUAUCAAGACAUUCUCCAAUGUUGAAUUUGAACUUUCGGGCCACUAUUCGCGAAAAAAUGCCAAGCUUGCUUAUAAUAUCAAGCUUCCCAAGAAAUCCAAUUUAUCGGGGUAUCGCCGUCUAAAGUUGCGUGCCUUGGGAACGGAUCCAUCCUAUAUCCGAGAAGAUCUUGGUUUCAAAAUGAUUCAUGCAGCGGGUGUUCCUACUACGGAUUCUAGCUUUGUAAGAGUCUAUAUCAAUGAUCAGCCAUUGGGAUUGUUUGGAUUUAUUGAAAAGUACAAGAAUCCAUGGCUACGUAACGAAUUUGCAGAUGGCAACAAGGAUUACCAGCAAGGUGUCUUGUAUCAGGGCAAAUUUGGUAAUGCCAAAAACCAGCUCCUUGAUCGCAUUUCAGACCUUAGUUACUACGGAGACAAUCCAUCAUCUUAUGACAUGGGGCAGUAUAAGAUUGCCGAAGAUCCAUCAACAGGCCAACCCGAUUAUACAGGUUUAAUCGAGUUGACCAAAUUCCUGGAUAACCCACCAGCCAACAAGGAUGCAUGGGAGGCACAUUUUGAUAUGGAGAGUGUCAUUCGGGGGAUCGCCCUUGAGAUUACGCUCGGCUUUGGUGAUGGCUAUCUUGUAGCAGCGGACAAUUACUACGUGUAUCAAACGGCACCUGGCAGCUCAAAGUACAUUUUUAUGCUAUGGGAUAUCGAUUUGAUUCUUGGAUCCAGUUAUACGGCUGCAAUGUCACAUUUGGAAACAGGCGAUUGGCAUCAAUUUGCAGGUGGUUUGACCACGAAGCGACCCUUGAUGAAGUUUGUGGACGUACCUGAAUACGCAAAUCGACUCGAUGAAUUGAUUCGAGAAUUCAAUGACAAGCUCUUGUUCAGUGCAGCAACAGAAAAGCGUAUUGACGAUACCGUGGCCAUGUUGAAAGAAGAUGUGGCGUGGGAUAAGACAUGCCCACGUGUAAGCCAUGUCAGCCCUUUUGACUUUACCGAUUUAGCUCCCUUGGCGGAUUUACUGGGUCUCAUGAAAAAAGUGGAUAUGGAUGGCCACACGGUGCGUGAUUUUAACAAGCGGCAGCGAAAUGAUGAUGUCGGAUUCAUGCAAGCUAUCAAUGGCCCCACAGGAUAUGACUCAUUGCAUGGUGUUAAAGAGUUUAUUAAGAACAAACGUAGAAACAUCAAGAAUCACUAUGGAAAUAAAUAA